AUGCACUUCUACUCUAUCGCUCUAGUGGUUGGCGCUACCGCCGUUGCUGCCGGCAACACUGCCACCCUCCUCUUGCCCGGGUUCAAGGGCCAUGACCUGCAGGCUGGUAUUAUCGAUGCACGCGUCUUCACGGAGUACGUGUUUCAGCAACAUACUAACAACUCGCAGAACGGUGACGCGACUACCUAUAAGAUUACCUGCCCCCAGACCGUUUCUGCUGGAUCCUGCGGUAUCGCCGGCGAGGGCAUGACUGCCAUUGCUGCCCCGACUUCCAUGCAGCUGCAGAAUAUCAACCUUCAGGGAACUACUGGAACUCUGUCCUGCAACAUUGCCGGCACCACUUAUGCCGACUGCCAGGCCUCUGCCGGCACUGCUACUCCCUCGGGAACUCUCCGCUCCGGCGACCUGAACUGGAUGCCCGUGACCGUCACUGGUCCCUGCUCCACUAGCACCCCGACUCCAACUGCUACCCCCACCAGCACUGUCUUCGCGACUUCCACCUCCGCUGCGACCUCCACUGCGACCUCCAGUUCCAGCGCAGUCUCCUCCCCCAAGAAGUCCACUUCGGCCCCUGCUUCUUCCUCCACCCCCUCAUCACCUCCACCCCUCUGGUGGCAGCUCCUACCACUGGAGCCCUCCGGUGCCCCUGCCGCUUCCUCGACGGCCUUCAACGCCGCUGGCCAGGUCGCUGCUAGCUUCUGGACUGUCGGUGGAGCCUUUGCGGCUCUGGCCUAUGCUUUCGCAUAG